CCUUUGUGAUUUGUUUUAGAGUUGGAAUGAUGAACAACAGUCAUAUGUUCAACAUUGUUCGUUUUCCUACCUCACCAAGUCAAGAUCAAAAACCAGGAACUUCAGGUUUACGAAAGAAAGUGUCCAUCUUUAGGCAGCAGCAGUAUUUGGCAAACUUUGUGCAGAGUAUAUUCGACUCUCUCCCAGAUAUUCAAGGAAAGACACUCGUUUUAGGAGGUGACGGAAGAUUCUACAAUUCCAAAGCUAUUCGCAUAAUCACACGAAUGGCUGCUGCGAAUGGCGUUGGAAAGCUGCUCAUAGGAAAGGAUGGUCUUCUCUCAACACCAGCAGUUUCUGCAAUCAUUCGUCAAAGGAAACUAUACGGGGGAAUCAUAUUGACAGCCAGCCACAAUCCUGGAGGUGCUGAUGAAGACUUUGGUAUCAAAUACAACGUCUCCAACGGUGGUCCAGCACUAGAAAACCUUACCAAUCUAUUUUACGAAAAUAGUCAACGAGUUUCAAGCUAUCGAAUUGCAAUGCAUAUUGACUAUCCCGAUCAAGAGGAUCCUUUCGAAAAUACUUUGAGAAGAAUUCAUCAACAAGGUACUUCGGAUACCUAUAUUUGUCAAGAUACUGGCAAAACGUUUGAGAUUGAAAUCAUUUCCUCUGUGGAUGAUUAUCUCCACUUAAUGAAGAAUUUGUUUGACUUUAACAAGCUGAAACAGUUUGCUUCACGAAAUGACUUUCGGAUGUUAUUGAAUUCUAUGAAUGGAGUCACUGGAAUCUAUACCAGAAGAAUCUUUGUAGAAGAAUUGGGGUUACCUAAGGACUAUCUAAUGAAUGACAUUCCAAAGGAAGACUUUGGUGGACACCAUCCAGAUCCUAAUCUCACUUAUGCGCACGAUUUGGUUGAGCUCUGUGAUCCCAAGAAGAAUAAACAAGCUCCUAUCUUUGCUGCUGCUUUUGAUGGUGAUGGAGAUCGCUGCAUGAUAUUGGGAACAGGAUUCUUUGUUUCUCCAGCAGACUCAUUAGCAGUAAUUGCCGCAAAUGCUGAUUGUAUUCCCCACUUUCAUUCACAGAAACUAAAAGGAGUAGCACGUUCCAUGCCUACUGCUGCUGCAGUUGACUUUGUGGCAGAGAAACUCAACAUUUCUUGUUAUGAAACGCCAACAGGAUGGAAGUUCUUUGGCAAUCUAAUGGAUGCCGACCUUGCCCAGAUUUGUGGUGAAGAAUCUUUUGGACUUGGAUCCAACCAUAUUCGAGAAAAAGAUGGUAUCUUUACAGCACUCUGUUGGUUGUCUAUUCUUUCCAGUAAAAAUGAAAAGCAGCCAGUUGGUAACUUGAUUUCAGUGGAGAAGAUUGUUAUGCAGCAUUGGGAGACUUUUGGAAGGAACUUUUUCAGCAGAUAUGACUAUGACCAUUGCAAGGCACCAGCUGUGUCCAAAUUAUUGGAACAUAUAAAGGAAAUACAAACCCAAUCGAUGAAACAAGGAGGUCAAUUAUUGGAUUAUCCAAUUAAACUGAAACUUGCAGAUUCCUUUACGUAUACAGAUCCUGUUGAUCAUAGCAAGACAGAAAAUCAGGGCUAUCGGUUUGUAUUUGAAGAUAAUUCAAGAUUUGUACUUCGACUUUCCGGUACUAGCUCAUCGGAUGUCACCAUUCGUAUGUAUUUCGAACGUUAUACUAAAGAUGUUUCGUUAUUUGAUCAUCCUGCAGAAGAAGUAUUGCGUCCGAUAAUAGAUAUUGCUCUUAAGAGCCUAAAAAUUGAGCCUAUACUGCAAAAGUCUCAACCUGACGUCAUUACUUGAGUAUUUCUGAAAUCUCUGCAGUGAUCUAAUGUUGUUGUUGAAUAAACUUUUCGUUAAUUGU